CUUCUUCCUCAGCAGCUUCUCCUGCUUUCACCACUCGCCGUCAAAUCAAAUCUCACAACCGUCCACGUGUCACCAAUGGAUCUCCUCUUGUUGGAGAAGUCUCUAAUAGCCGUCUUCGCGGCAGUGGUUCUCGCCACCGUGAUCUCCAAGCUCCGCGGCAAGAAGCUAAAACUACCUCCCGGUCCUAUACCGAUACCAAUCUUCGGAAACUGGCUCCAGGUCGGAGACGAUCUAAACCACCGUAACCUCGUCGACUACGCCAAAAAGUUCGGAGACCUCUUCCUCCUCAGGAUGGGACAGCGAAACCUAGUGGUCGUCUCAUCGCCAAACCUAACCAAAGAAGUGCUCCACACGCAAGGCGUGGAGUUCGGAUCUCGGACGAGAAACGUCGUCUUCGACAUCUUCACGGGCAAAGGGCAGGACAUGGUGUUCACCGUCUACGGCGAGCACUGGCGUAAGAUGAGGAGGAUCAUGACGGUUCCUUUCUUCACCAACAAGGUGGUGCAGCGGAACAGAGAAGGAUGGGAGUUCGAAGCCGCGAGCGUGGUCGAGGACGUGAAGAAGAAUCCAGACUCUGCGACCAAAGGGAUCGUGUUGAGGAAACGCUUGCAGUUGAUGAUGUACAACAACAUGUUCCGUAUCAUGUUCGAUAGAAGGUUCGAGAGUGAAGAUGAUCCUCUCUUCCUCAGGCUUAAAGCCUUGAACGGAGAGAGAAGCAGGUUGGCUCAGAGCUUCGAGUACAACUAUGGAGAUUUCAUCCCUAUCCUUAGGCCGUUCCUUAGAGGCUACUUGAGGAUCUGUCAGGAUGUGAAGGACAGAAGACUAGCUCUCUUGAAGAAGUACUUUGUUGACGAGAGGAAGCAAAUCGCGAGUUCGAAGCCUACAGGAAGCGAAGGAUUGAAAUGCGCCAUUGAUCAUAUCAUUGAAGCUCAACAGAAGGGAGAGAUCAACGAGGACAACGUUCUUUACAUCGUCGAGAACAUCAACGUCGCUGCUAUUGAGACAACAUUGUGGUCUAUCGAGUGGGGAAUAGCGGAGCUAGUGAACCAUCCUGAGAUCCAGAGCAAGCUAAGGAACGAAAUCGACACGGUUCUUGGACCAGGCGUUCAAAUCACAGAGCCUGAGCUGCACAAGCUUCCCUACCUCCAAGCCGUGAUCAAGGAGACGCUUAGACUAAGAAUGGCUAUUCCUCUCCUUGUGCCACACAUGAACCUCAACGACGCUAAGCUCGCUGGCUACGACAUCCCAGCGGAAAGCAAGAUCUUGGUCAAUGCCUGGUGGCUAGCGAACAACCCUGAGAGCUGGAAGAAACCUGAAGAGUUUAGACCCGAGAGGUUCUUUGAAGAAGAGGCGCAUGUGGAAGCCAAUGGUAAUGACUUUAGGUAUGUGCCGUUUGGUGUUGGACGUAGAAGCUGUCCUGGGAUUAUAUUGGCGUUGCCCAUUUUGGGAAUCACUAUCGGUAGGUUGGUACAGAACUUCGAGCUACUUCCUCCUCCAGGACAGUCUAAAGUUGAUACUUCUGAGAAAGGUGGACAGUUCAGCUUGCACAUCCUUAACCACUCCACAAUUGUAAUGAAGCCAAGGUCCUUUUAAAUAAUUUAUACACAAAAAAUAAAAUAAAAGUAGUUUCUGCAAAAUGACUUUUUUGUUAUGGAUGAUAAUGAUGUUUGUGAAAUCUAUUGGAUGUGUUAUAUAUGUAAAAUGUCUUUAAAGGGUUGCAAUAAGCCAAUAGUGGUUCCCACUGUUUUGGAUAGAUAUUGUUGUUGUAUACUUUCAAACCCACAUGAUUGUUGAACAAAAAUUUAUUUAAUUUGGAGGUUUUUUCUAGCUUUAA